UUCUGUAUGUAAGUGGCAAUGAGAAAGAGCAUCUUUUUGGCUGAAAGGAGACAUUUAGAGAGGAUGUGGCUGAUUUUUUGUUUUUAUUUAUUUUUGUCUUCACAGAAUAUAAUCAAAUGAGACACCUUAGCCAGCCUGGGUGAUUGCUUCGAGUCUUGUAAUCAUCUGUGUAGCAAAGUGGGUAAAAUCAUUCAAUUUCUUCCCUGCUGGACCUGGAAGGAGAGGGGCUGUGUGUUCAUCCCCACCCAUUAGCUAUGCCCUCUUUUCUCUGAAUGUCGAUUUAAGGAAGCAAACACCUGUAUUCUGCCACCAUACCUUCCUAGAAAACUUUGAAGACCAUUUUUAUCUGAUAGGAAGAACCUCAAGAAUGCUCUGAUCUCUAGUGAUGAAGAAUCUGGGAGUGGACACUUUCCCCAUCCAGAUACAAUGCACUUUAAAUGAAGAAAAACUGAGCUGAACUACAAGUCUGUUUCCUAUGGUGCUGGAUUACUCCUCCAGAGCUGCCCUGACAUCCACCGUGCAAGAGGGCUCUGACAGACACAAGUCACCUACUGAUUGUUGCACUUAACUCUCCCUGGGGACUUACAUUUUGGGAGUGUUCCUUUUUACAUGAGAUCUUCCAAGAUGAUGAGUUCUAAUCCUGAGGAAGACCCUUUGGACACAUUUCUCCAGUAUAUUGAGGAUAUGGGGAUGAAGGCCUAUGAUGGCUUGGUUAUUCAGAAUGCGUCGGACAUCGCUCGAGAGAAUGACCGCUUGAGGAAUGAAACAAACCUGGCCUACUUGAAGGAAAAGAAUGAAAAACGACGAAGGCAAGAAGAAGCAAUAAAACGCAUAGGUGGAGAAGGAGGACGAGGCCACGAAGGGAGCUACGCCGGCAAACACUUCCGCAUGGGAUUCAUGACGAUGCCUGCUCCUCAGGACCGACUUCCCCAUCCUUGCUCCAGCGGCUUCUCCGUGAGGUCACAGUCCCUGCACUCGGUGGGGGGCACAGAUGAUGACCGCAGCUGUGGCUCCCGAAGACAACCACCCCCCAAGCCCAAGAGAGACCCGAGCACCAAGCUGAGCACCUCAUCGGAGACAGUCAACAGCGCAGCCACCAGUAAGAGCGGGAAAGCCCCCGAGCGCUCCGAAGUUUCAGCCAAACCGAGACCCAAUAGUGACGAGUAUUCCAAGAAGAUUCCUCCUCCAAAACCGAAACGGAAUCCGAACACCCAGCUCAGCACGUCUUUUGAUGAAACGUACAUGAAAAAGCACGCGCCCCGGAGGACCUCGCUCACGCGGGACGCCUCCCUCUCCCAGAUGAGCAGCCCCGCGGGGGACCCCGAGGACGAGGAGCCCGUGUACAUCGAGAUGGUGGGGAACAUCCUCCGAGACUUCAGGAAAGAGGAUGACGACCAGAGCGAGGCUGUCUACGAGGAAAUGAAAUACCCCAUUUUUGACGACUUGGGCCCGGACUCCAGAUGUGACCUUGACCAUCACAGUUGCUCUUCGCAGUGUGCUACUCCCACCGUGCCUGACUUGGACUUCGCCAAGUCCUCAGUGCCAUGCACUCCAAAGGGUUUGCUUUGUGACAUCCCCCCGCCCUUCCCCAACCUGCUUUCCCAUAGACCCCCCCUGCUGGUGUUCCCACCUGCCCCGGUGCAGUGCUCCCCCAAUUCUGACGAGUCUCCGCUCACCCCGCUGGAGGUCACCAAGCUCCCGGUGCUGGAAAACGUGUCUUACAUGAAACAGGCCGGAGCGUCUCCAUCCUCGCUGCCCCCCCACGCCUCCAGCCACCCUAAACUGGACAAGGACCAGAGCGGGGCCCUGGGACCUGCCGCCGCCGCCGCGCUCUCCUCGUCCCCACCCCCGCCGUCCGCUUUGUACCGAACGCAGUCCCCCCACGGCUACCCGAAAAGUCACUCGGCCUCCCCGUCCCCUGUGAGCAUGGGGAGGUCCCUCACCCCCCUCAGCCUCAAAAGGCCUCCCCCCUACGACGCCCUGCAUUCUGGCAGCCUCUCCAGGAGCUCUCCAUCAGUGCCUCAUUCCACCCCCAGGCCAGUGUCGCAGGAUGGGAGCAAGAUGGUCAACGCCUCCGUCAGCACCUACGGGGCGGCUCCCUGCGGCUCCCGCUCCAGGACGCCCACCAGUCCUUUGGAAGAACUAACCAGCCUCUUUACCUCGGGGCGAAGCCUGCUGAGGAAGUCGUCCAGCGGCCGCAAGUCGAAGGAACCCGCAGAGAAAUCAACAGAGGAGCUGAAAGUGCGAAGCCACAGCACAGAGCCACUGCCAAAGCUGGACAGCAAAGAGAAAGGACACCAUGGGGCAUCUUCCAGAGAGCCUGUCAAAGCUCAGGAAUGGGAUGGAACACCAGGGCCACCUGUGGUCACCAGUAGACUGGGAAGAUGCUCUGUGAGCCCCACCUUAUUAGCAGGAAACCACAGCUCAGAACCGAAAGUAAGCUGCAAACUAGGCCGGUCUGCGUCCACAUCAGGUGUGCCUCCUCCGUCAGUUACUCCUCUCAGGCAAGCCAGUGACCUGCAACAGAGCCAGGUGGCAUGCAUGCAGUGGGUUCAUGGAGACCAUACAAUGCUUGAGAUGAUUGAGAAAAAGCGUUGCUUGUGCAAGGAAAUAAAGGCUAGACAGAAAACGGAAAAGGGUCUUUGCAAACAGGAUAGCAUGCCCAUCCUGCCCAGCUGGAAGAAGAAUGCAGGCGCAAAGAAGUACAGCCCUCCACCCUAUUCUAAACAGCAAACGGUAUUCUGGGAUACUGCCAUAUGACUGUGUACAGGAUGGCGUGAGCUCCACAUGACUUAAUGUGAAGAGGGAGGUCGACUCAUCAUGUGCUAAGUAACUGUUCAGUAUCUUUUCUGUUGGAAUGGAACAUCAGCACUUCCCUGGAAAACUCAUGGGAAGCUGCGCUUACGCACGGCAAGUGCAAAAUAAAAUGUAUAUUUCCUUGCAAUUAAGGCACACUUAUUUAUCACGGAUUAUUUUGAAUCCAGGAAGAGAUUAAGAUGUACAUAUUUUACUAGUUUAUGGGUGACACCUGAAAUAAUACACAAUAUACGUAUAUAAAUGACAGAAAUAUCAAGAGUUUUACUAUAUGAUAUAAUUUUGGUAUUAACUGGUUUGUUAUCUUCUCUUUUAUAUAUGUAAUCCCUUGAUGCCUUUUAUUAUUAAUUUUGCAGUUAAACUACCUUUUUCUGCCCAUAUUUGUCUUCUGUACAAGAGCUCACAGCUAUAAACCAUGUUCAAUCACACAAUAUAUGAUCUGGUGCUAGUAAAGUAUAUGUUGAAUAUCAUAGUCAUUAAGAACACAUGUUGUUUCAUAUGUUUUUAAGAGUUUGACAGGGAAUGCAUGUGAGUGUGAUGCUUAAUGCGAUGCUUAAUUUGGAUGUUCACAUGACAUCGACACCAACAUUUUUGCUACACUGGCUUUCUAAGAAUUUCUAUUGAAUAUCAUCUUGAUACUAAACAAUGGUUAGUCAGACUCCACAUGAAGUUAUUAGGAUAUCUUUGGACAUCCCAGCAGAAAAAAUUUCCUUCAGAAAUGACAUUAGGGAUGCCCAUCCUUGCAUCAUUGAUCUGAUUGGAGGAGACCAGGUUCACUGUGACAAGGGAAGCAACAAGGAAUCAAAAGUUAAAUAGUGAGAUGACAUUCAAGAAGCUGGGACCUGUGGCAUUGCAGCCACUGUAAUCACUAUUUCUAAGUAAAUUCUCAUGUGUCUGUUUGUCCCCUCUCCCAUUCCCUCCCCCCAAAAAAAAAAUGAGAAAUAAAUAUUUAACCAGGUGCGUUUACAGAUUUUAGUACACUAAAUGUCAAUCCUCCUCAAAAUUUAGGUCUAUUAACGAAAUGGUAUUUCUUGUACAUUUUUUCACCCUAGUUAUUACCACAUUUUUGGGUCACAAUCUUCUGUGCAUGAGUAUCACACCCAUUCCCACUAAUUAUGACACCGUGACCAAAGAAUUAUGACCACUUGUUUAUUUCAUUUUAUUUCAAGGAAGAAACAGGAAAAGCAGGGGAUCGGGGACGGGGUGGAUUCAACUUUAUGAGGUAGUAAAAUUUAUGUUAAACAAAUUAUAUAUAUCUUUUAAGAAUAGCUUGUUAGUUGAAUAUAAAUAUUGCCACAAAUGAAUAAAAAGGCAACUAUCACAUAUAUUUUGUAUAUUUAAAUUACUAUUUAUGCUUCUUAAAAUUGACAGUAUGUGGUUCUUUAACAAUCAAUUGAGUAUUAUAUUUCUGAGAGACAAGGUACGUGUUAGAAGUUAUUGUCAUAGUGGUUUUCCUUGUAAGGGUUUUGACAGCAAUAGUGCAGUGUUGCUCAAUAAAACCAAAUAUAGCAGGAGUUAGGGAACUUUUGUAAUCUAUAUUCCUAAAAAAUCUAGUAAUACUUUAUCAGUAAUAGUUCCUUUCAAGCCUUUGAAAUCUUAUAAUUUUUUAAGAUUUUAUAAUUAAUGUAUAUUUUGAUGUCCAAUUAGAAUUCUGAAAAAAAAAAUAAGGAAAAGGUAAGUGGGAGCAUGUGUAUUUGUCAUGUGUGUGUGAAUGAGGACUCAGUGGGAGAACUGUGUACAUAAAAUGCUUUCUAAAGUUUUAGGUUUUGCUUGUAUACCUGAGGUGGUAAAAACAAAUAAAAAGCAGAACCACAAGUUCAGGAAAUCUUGGAGGGAUCUUAAGGAGCUUAAAUAAACCCUGUUGCCAUAUUUCACCAGUUAUGAAACCCAAUAACUCAUGGGACACAAAUCUGAGUGAUAAAAAUGUGUUAAGAUAAAAUCAUAAUUAAAAUAAAAUGUAUUAAUAACCCAAGUUGUUAUACUGAUUCAAGUCAUUAGGACCACAUACACUCAAGCCAAUCAAUCAGACAUCAGACAUCAGUUCUUAGCAUCUUGAUUAUGAUCUUGGUUUAUUUAUUAUAUUCAGGCUCCAUAGGGUCAUGAUUGGAUAAUUCCCUGGAACUUAUAUUUAGGUAACAUGUGUAAGCACAUUUUCAGCUGCUGAUCUUCUCCAUAUUUCUCUGACUUAAGCAAAAGACUUUUUAAUGCUGGCCAUUUGUCAAGAAGGAAACAGGGGUACUGGCAUGAUUUGGGCUGGAUUUAGCCAUUCCCAUUUAUUCUGCCCAACUUAUGCUGUUGCCGAGUUUCACGUGUUCCUUUUUAUUUAUUUUUUUAUUUUUUAAAUACGUUUUAUUGAUUCCAGAGAGGAAAGG